AUGAAGGCUAUGAUUAAGUCGCUCAUGGCUGCUCAAGAAAAUGAAUUUAAGAAAAUUACGCCCACAUUGAUGGAAAUUAAACAGACUAACAGCAACAUAGAAAGUUCUAUAUCGUUCUUAGCAGCCCAGAAUGAAGAGCUCAAACUAAAAGUCGACAAGCUAGAAAGAGAAAAUAAGAAAGAUAAGGAAUAUAUCACAUUGCUAGAAGAAAAACUUGAAGAUAUGCAACGAGAAAAUCGGAAAACGAAUAUAGAGAUUAAAAAUGUGCCGAAAACAACUAAGGAAACCAAUGAAGACCUAAUUAAUAUGGUGCUUAGCUUGUCUAAAACUAUUAACUGUAAUCUUUCAAAAACUGAUUUAAGGGAUGUAUAUAGAGUGAAGGGAAGAAAAGAAGGAAUAAAUAAUACGCCUAUCAUUGUCGAGACUUCUUCUACUAUGCUAAAAACUGCCUUUCUUGCAAAAUGCAAAACUUUCAAUAUUAAGAACAAAGAAAAGCUCCGAGUCAAACAUAUGGGUUUAACCGGGAACGAUGAUACCCCAAUCUACGUCUCCGAACAAUUAACACCCAAGGCGGCUCGCUUAUUCUUCAUUGCUCGAGAACUAACCAAAUCCAAGGCUUAUAGAUUUUGCUGGACGGGCUACGGACGUGUGUAUAUUCGAAAAACCGAAAACUCGCCUGUUAUAUUGAUUAAAAAUGAACUUCAAGUACAAAGCUUAAUGCAAAAAGAUUGA